CAGUGUCAGCAUCAUGAGCCAGUUUCAGGUGCCCCUGGCCGUCCAGCCGGACCUGCCAGGCCUUUAUGACUUCCCUCAGGGCCAGGUGAUUGUAGGGGGCUUCCAGGCACCUGGACUUCCUGUGACUGGGAGUGAGGCUCAGCUGAGAGGGAGUGGAGAUGGGCGAAAGAAACGCAAACGUUGUGGUGCUUGUGAGCCCUGCCAGAGGCUGGAAAACUGUGGGGCUUGCACCAGCUGUACCAACCGCCGCACACACCAGAUCUGCAAACUGCGCAAGUGUGAGAUGCUGAAGAAAAAAGUGGGGCUUCUCAAGGAGGUGGAAAUAAAGGCUGGUGAAGGAGCCGGGCCGUGGACGCAAGGGGCGGCUGUCAAGACAGGCUCAGAGCUCAGCCCAGUUGAUGGACCUGUUCCAGGUCAGAUGGACUCAGGGCCAGUGUACCAUGGGGACUCACGGCAGCUAAGAACCUCAGGGGCGCCGGUCAAUGGUGCUAGAGAGCCCGCUGGACCCAGUCUGCUGGGGGCUGCAGGUCCUUGGCGGGUAGACCAGAAGCCCGACUGGGACGCUGCCCCAGGCCCAGCUCACACUGCUCGCCUGGAAGAUGCUCAUGAUCUGGUGGCCUUUUCGGCUGUGGCCGAAGCUGUGUCCUCUUAUGGGGCCCUUAGCACCCGGCUCUAUGAAACCUUCAACCGUGAGAUGAGUCGUGAGGCUGGGAAUAACAGCAGGGGCCCCCGGCCAGGGCCUGAGAGCUGCUCUCUUGGCAGUGAAGACCUUGACACGCUGCAGACAGCCCUGGCCCUUGCACGGCAUGGCAUGAAACCACCCAAUUGCAACUGCGAUGGCCCAGAAUGCCCUGACUACCUCGAGUGGCUGGAGGGGAAGAUCAAGUCUGUGGUCAUGGAAGGAGGGCAGGAGCGCCCUAGGGUCCCAGGAACUCUACCCCCUGGUGAGGCUGGCCUCCCAGCACCAAGCACCAGGCCACUUCUUAGCUCUGAGGUCCCCCAGAUACCUCCCCUGGAGAGCCUGCCCCUGUCCCAGAGUGCCCUGAGCAUCGCCAAGGAAAAGAAUAUCAGCCUGCAGACCGCUAUUGCCAUCGAGGCCCUCACACAACUCUCCUCCACUCUGCCCCAGCCUUCCCACUCCACCUCCCAGGCUUCAUGCCCCCUCCCUGAGGCCUUGUCCCCUUCUGCCCCUUUCAGGUCUCCCCAGUCCUACCUCCGGGCCAAUUCAUGGCCUGUGGUUCCUUCUGAAGAGCACCCAUCUUUUCCUCCUGACAGUCCUGCCUUCCCCCCAGCACCUCCUAGAACUGAAUUUCCUGAAGCCUGGGGCACUGACACCCCACCCGUGACACCCCGGAACUCCUGGCCGGUACCCCGCCCAAGCCCUGAUCCCAUGGCGGAACUGGAGCAGUUAUUGGGCAGUGCCAGUGAUUACAUCCAGUCAGUAUUCAAGAGGCCUGAAGCCCUGCCCACCAAGCCCAAGAUUAAGGUUGAGGCACCCUCUUCUUCCCCAGCCCCAUCCUCAUCUCCCAUUCUCCAGAGAGAGGCUCCCACACCAUCCUCAGAGGCUGACACUCACCAGAAGGCCCAGACCGCCCUGCAGCAGCACCUCCACCAUAAGCGUAGUCUCUUCCUAGAACAGGCCCACGAUGCCUCCUGUCCUGUGGAGCCUCCUGUUCCUGGCUGGUGGGCCCCACCAAGCUCACCUGCUCCAAGGCCUCCAGACAGACCACCCAAGGAGAAAAAGAAGAAGCUCCCCACACCAGCUGGAGGUCUUGUGGGAACAGACAAAGCUGCCCCUGGGAUCAAACCCAGUGGCCGAAAACCCAUUCAGAUCAAGAAGUCCAGGCCACGGGAAGUGCACCCCCUCUUCUUGCCUGUCCGACAGAUUGUCCUGGAAGGUCUGAGGCCCCUAGUCUCUGAGGAAGUGCAGGCACAUGCACCUGCCCCCCUCUCUGCCCCUCUCCCUCCCGCUCUCCCUGCCACACAGGGCUCUGCUGUCCCCUUGCCCACAGAACCUUCUCUUGCGCUAUUUGCACCUAGUCCCUCCGGGGACAGCCUGCUGCCCCCUACUCAGGAAAUGAGGUCCCUCAGCCCUAUAGCUAACCUGCAGCCAGGCUCUGCUGGCCCCCUUCCCCCUGCUGAUGACAAGCUGGAAGAGCUCAUCCGGCAGUUUGAGGCUGAAUUUGGGGAUAGUUUUGGGCUUCCUGGCCCCCCUUCUGUGCCCAUUCAGGACCCUGAGAACCAGGCAACAUGUCUCCCAGCCCCUGAGAGCCCUUUUGCUACCCGUUCCCCCAAGCAAAUCAAGAUCGAGUCUUCAGGAGCUGUGACUGUGCUCUCAACCACCUGCUUCCAUUCAGAAGAAGGAAGCCAGGAGGCCACACCCACCAAGGCUGAGAAUCCACUCACACCCACCCUCAGUGGCUUCUUGGAGUCACCUCUUAAGUACCUGGACACACCCACCAAGAGUCUGUUGGACACACCUGCCAAGAGGGCCCAGGCUGAGUUCCCCACUUGUGAUUGUGUCGAGCAAAUAGUGGAGAAGGAUGAAGGUCCCUAUUAUACUCAUCUGGGAUCUGGCCCCACAGUAGCUUCUAUCCGGGAACUCAUGGAGGAGCGGUAUGGAGAGAAGGGGAAAGCCAUCCGGAUUGAGAAAGUCAUCUACACCGGGAAGGAGGGGAAGAGCUCCCGAGGGUGCCCCAUUGCAAAGUGGGUGAUUCGCAGGCACACACUGGAGGAGAAGCUGCUCUGCCUGGUGCGGCACCGGGCAGGCCACCACUGCCAGAAUGCUGUGAUUGUCAUCCUUAUCCUGGCCUGGGAGGGCAUCCCCCGAAGCCUGGGAGACACCCUCUACCAAGAGCUCACUGAUACCCUCCGGAAGUAUGGGAACCCCACCAGCCGGAGAUGUGGCCUCAAUGAUGACCGGACCUGCGCUUGCCAAGGCAAAGACCCUAACACCUGUGGUGCCUCCUUCUCCUUUGGCUGUUCCUGGAGCAUGUACUUCAAUGGCUGCAAAUACGCUCGAAGCAAGACACCUCGCAAGUUCCGCCUCGCAGGGGACAACCCCAAGGAGGAAGAGGUGCUCCGGAAAAGUUUCCAGGACCUGGCCACCGAAGUCGCUCCCUUAUACAAGCAGCUGGCUCCUCAGGCUUAUCAAAACCAGGUGACCAAUGAGGAAAUAGCAAUCGACUGCCGCCUGGGGCUGAAGGAAGGAAGGCCCUUCUCCGGGGUCACGGCCUGCAUGGACUUCUGUGCCCACGCCCACAAGGACCAGCAUAACCUCUAUAAUGGGUGCACUGUGGUGUGCACCCUAACCAAGGAAGACAAUCGCUGUGUGGGCCAGAUUCCUGAGGACGAGCAGCUGCAUGUGCUUCCCCUGUACAAGAUGGCUAGCACGGAUGAGUUUGGCAGUGAGGAGAACCAGAAUGCCAAGGUGAGCAGUGGGGCCAUCCAGGUGCUCACAGCCUUCCCUCGAGAGGUCCGGCGCCUGCCCGAACCUGCCAAGUCCUGCCGCCAGCGGCAGCUGGAAGCCAGGAGGGCAGCAGCUGAGAAGAAGAAGAUGAUUCAGAAAGAGAAGCUGAGCACACCUGAGAAGAUCAAGCAAGAGGCCUUGGAGCUGGCUGGGAUCGCUACUGACCCAGGCCUGUCUCUGAAAGGUGCAUUACCCCAACAAAGCCUGAAGCCUUCCCUCAAGGUGGAGCCACAGAACCACUUCAGCUCCUUCAAAUACAGCAGCAACGCAGUGGUGGAGAGCUACUCGGUGCUGGGCAAUUGCCGGCCCUCCGACCCCUACAGCAUGAACAGUGUGUACUCCUACCACUCCUACUAUGCACAGCCCAGCCUGACCUCUGUCAAUGGGUUCCACUCCAAGUAUGCUCUUCCAUCGUUUGGCUACUAUGGCUUUCCAUCCAGCAACCCUGUCUUCCCCUCCCAGUUCCUGGGUCCUAGCACCUGGGGGCACAGUGGCAGCAGUGGCAGUUUUGAGAAGAAGCCAGACCUCCAUGCUCUGCACAACAGCCUGAGCCCGGCGUACGGUGGUGCUGAGUUUGCCGAGCUGCCUGGCCAAGCUGUUCUUACAAACACCCAUCACCCUACUCCUCCUCACCACCAGCAGCCUGCUUACCCAGGCCCCAAGGAGUAUCUGAUUCCCAAGGCCCCCCAGCUCCACCCAGUGUCCAGGGACCCCUCUCCUUUUGCUCAGAGCUCUAACUGCUACAGUAGAUCCAUCAAGCAAGAGCCAGUGGACCCACUGGUCCAGACCGAAUCUGUACCCAGAGACCCUGGUAAGAUGGGCAAAACACCUUUGCCUGAAGCAUCUCAGAAUGGGGGACCCAAUCAUCUAUGGGGACAGUACUCAGGAGGCCCAAGCAUGUCCCCGAAGAGGACUAACAAUGUAGGUGGCAGCUGGGGUGUGUUUCCUCCUGGGGAAAACUCUGCCAUUGUCCCUGACAAGCUCAGUUCUUAUGGGGCCAGCUGCCUAACCCCUUCUCACUUCCCAGAUGGCCAGUGGGGCCUGUUCGCCAGCGAGGGUCAGCAGCCCACUCCCCAUCCUGGAGGACGGCUACAAGGCAAGUCAUGGAGCCCUUGCAAGUUUGGGAACAGCACCUCAGCCUUGCCUGGGUCCAGCCUGACUGAGAAGCCCUGGGGGUUGGGGGCUGGAGAUUUCAGCUCUGCCCUGAAAGGCAGUUCUGGAUACCAAGACAAGUUGUGGAACCCCAUGAAAGGGGAGGAGGGAAGAAUUCCCACCCCAGGGGCAAGCCAUCUGGACAAGGCCUGGCAAGCCUUUGGCAUGCCCCUGGGCUCUGAGAAGCUCUUCGGGGCCCUGAAGUCUGAAGAGAAGCUGUGGGAUCCCUUCAGCCUAGAGGAGGGGACAGCUGAGGAGGCCUCUACCAAGGGGGCAGUGAAAGAAGAGAAGGCCAGUGUGGAGGAGGAGGAGGAAGAGCUGUGGUCAGACAGCGAACACAAUUUCCUGGACGAGAACAUUGGCGGCGUGGCUGUGGCCCCUGCCCACGGGUCUAUCCUCAUUGAGUGUGCCCGGCGGGAGCUACACGCCACCACACCACUCAAGAAGCCCAACCGCUGCCACCCCACCCGCAUCUCGCUGGUCUUCUACCAGCACAAGAACCUCAACCAGCCCAACCAUGGGCUGGCUCUCUGGGAGGCCAAGAUGAAGCAGCUGGCGGAGCGGGCACGGGCACGGCAGGAGGAGGCCGCACGGCUGGGCCUGGGCCAACAGGAGUCCAAGCUCUACGGGAAGAAGCGCAAGUGGGGGGGUGCCAUGGUCACUGAGCCCCAGCACAAGGAGAAGAAGGGUGUUGUCCCCACCCGGCAGGCACUGGCCAUGCCCACAGACUCGUCAGUCACCGUGUCCUCUUACGCCUACACGAAGGUCACUGGCCCCUACAGCCGUUGGAUCUAGGUGCCAGGGAGCCAGCGUACCUCAGCGUCGGGCCCAGCCCGAGCUGCCUCUGUGGUGCUUUUGCCCUCAUACCAGGGGGCGGGUUGGGGGUGCAGAAGUCUUUCUAUCUAUAUAUACAUAUAUGGAUAUGCUUAUCAUAUAUAUGUAUUUAUGGUCCAAACCUCAGAACUGACCCGCCUCCCCCCCAUGUCCCCAGCACUUUGAAGAAGAAACUACGGCUGUCGGGUGAUUUUUUCCGUGAUCUUAAUAUUUAUAUCUCCACAUUGUUUUAUUUUUCCCCUUGUAGGAGGGGCUUUUAUUUUGUUUUUAAAACUUUAUCCUUGUAUAUCACAAUAAUGGAAAGAAAGUUUAUAGUGUCCUUUCACAAAGGAGUAGUUUUAAAUUCCAUUUAAAAUGUGUAUUUAUUGGAUUUUUUAAAAGCGACAAUAAGUAAUGGUAUGAAUGGGCAGGAAAGGCCGACAGUGCUGUUCCCACUGGCAAGCCUGGCCUCUUGGCAGCUGACAGGUUUUCUCGGCCAUCUGCCCCUGGUGAGCCAAGUGCAGCAUGUAGCCCUAGUCUAUCCUUCCCUCCCCCAUGGGCAAGGAACCCCCAGGCCAGCUUCUGUCCUGUCCAGGAGGAUGGGAGAAGCUGCAGAGAACCUUCUGGGGCCCCUUCCCAGUCAGCAGUUGGGCAGAGGCAUCCCAGGCCCAGCCCAGGAUAUGCUGGCAUAGAUCUCCCCAGAAACCAGGUUGAGUAGACAGCGUCAAGCUUGCUAGUCUCCACACUGAAUUCUCUGUCCGUUAUUUAUCAAGUCCACAGGAUAUCAUGGUUCACUAGACAGCAGCACCUCACGCUGGAGCUGGAGUUGGAGUUGAGAGGCUCCUAGAGCCCUCUCCACCAUGUUGAUAAGGUAAUGAAUACUGGGCCGAAAGAAUUUGUCUUAGUGGCAGUUUUUUAAAAAUCGCCCCAAAAUCUAUGCUGAUACCGAAAAAGGGCUACUGUAUCUCUUAACACAAGAAGUUGAACCCAAGCUGUGAAGAGCCAAACUGGCUCUGUGCGUGGAGCUGUGCAGAGCCUGGUGCUGUAGUGUUGUGCUGGGACUUUGACUCUUGAGCAGGUUGUGUCCUGCGGGAGCUCAGCAAACCAGUGUAACAGCAGUUAACACACCUGUCCUUUUCUUGGAUCUCCACAUUGGACAGUGGUGCAUGCCUCCCCGGCCCACCCUCUCCUGCUCCCUGCAGGAGCAGGGCCUACACUUAAAGUGCAAGAGUCAAACGUUUUUAACAGGUUGCUAUGAUUUUCCUUCCUCAUUGGUGCCAGUUCUCCAUUGGAUGAUUUUCUUUUUUCUUCCUCCCCUUUCCAUCCCCUGUAACACACCCAUUCUGAAAUUCUGGUGCAUUCAUUUAGUUCUUUGAAAAGGGAAUGUGGUGCUUCAUUUUUGUGACAUUGUUGAGAGAGGUUGGGGCUGACAGUUGGAAGCAACACUCACUGACAGCCAGUCAGACUUCUUGGAGUGCUUGUUUUUCCUGUGGUAUUAGCAGAAAUGAUAUCAAGUUACCCAUGUAGACGUGUGUGGUGAGCGGGGGCUUCAUCAGGACACACAGGGGUUAUGGCUACACAGUGAGUGACAGCCAAGCAGAUAUUUAUUAAGCAGUCUUACUCAGAUGUGGUUCUUUAUGAAUUGAGUUUAACAAUCAGAUGACAGUGCUAACAGCAAGCUCCUGAGCCUCCAGGUGCCUUGUGUAAGAGCUGAGACCAAUCCGCUGGGUGUUUACUGUAACCUUUUGGAAGCACUGGCGGAGAGUCGCUGUAAGAUGUCCUGAGCAUUUAUGUGGUCUGGUUUUAACUGUAAAUAGUAAAAAGAUUUUUUUAAGCACUUUUGCCUAGAUUUAAACAGCAACUUGAAGAAAAAGUACGUUUUAACAUGUAAUUGUGGGAGAAAUUGUAAAUAGUAGCUGAAUAUUUAACGUGCUUUGUCUAUCCUCCACUUUUACCAUAUUCUGUAAAGUUGCAUUUAUUUUACAGGACAAAAAUGAAAUAUUAUUGCUUUUGAAAUAAAUACCCAAGAGCUUAUCAGGAUUUAGAAUUAUUCAGAACUCAGAUUUAUAGGAAAACCUCUGACCUUCAGUCUGACAAGCUAAAGGAAGCAGAGUCUUUAAUGAGCAUGCUAAUUUUCUAGUUUUGAGGAAAAGUUGGGUCCUUUAAAUGCUAUUUUGCUUAUCGCAUCAGUACUUUUAUGCAGGUCUCAUUUGACUCCGUGCUUAGUUAGAUGCGGGGGUGCCUUGAAAACUUCAUUUUAAAUGAUCUUACGCAAGAAAUACGAUAUUUUACAAAACGUUGAGAAUGUGACCGUCUGUCUGACCCGUGGAAGCCCCAGGUUGGCUGUUGGUUUGGAAGGUCCUGAGUGUAACCUAGGUGAUUCUGACACUUGGCAUGUGUGGAUCUCUGAUGUUUGUUAACUGUGCUCUUCCCCUUGUCACCCUUUGGUAGCAAAGCCAUUAGAUAAAAGGAGAAACCAAUACAAGCUACAAGCAUGUAUCUGUCCCCCAGCCCACACAGUCUUGGGUCAUUAGCUUCAAGGCUGGAACCAGGCUGCUGAGAGGCGAGUCAAGAAGCAGGCUCCGUGGGAUGUGCCCACGCCCCUUUGAGCAGGGUCCCGAGAGUUAGCUGGUGCUGUUGCCGUGCUCAAACCCAUGCUGAUUUUUA